UCCAUUAAGGGCCCAUUAUAAGAAAUGGGUGAAAGAAAGGUAAAAGGAGGAGACUGACUUUGAGCAUAGAGAGCAUUUUGAAACCCUCACCGGAGCCUUCUUCCGACUAAACAAGGGAAUAAUGUCAAUGAUGAUUCGUCUCCUCUCCCGCAACAAUUCAUCAUCCUUCAAUAAUCUCCUCACGCGCUGCCUUCACGGCGCUUCUUCCGACGAAACAGUUUCCACCUACUCACGACUCCUAGACCGUUACAACUUCCAUCCACCACCGCCAGCCUCUGAAGAUCCCCAGAAGAAGCCGCCGAAGCCGCAAUACCGACCACCGUCGUCUCUGGAAGGGGUGAAGAAGAUGCACUCCAGUCUCCCCUUCGAUUUCAGGUUCAGCUACACUGAGAGCAGUUCCAGUGUGAGGCCCAUUGGGUUGAGAGAGCCCAAGUACUCCCCUUUUGGUCCUGAUCGAUUGAACCGGGAGUGGACGGGUGUGUGUGCGCCGGCGGUGGAGCCGAAGGUGGAGACGGUGGAGGGAGGAGGAGGGGAGGAUCCGAAGCUGGAAGAGAAAAGGAGGAAAGAGAGGGAGAAGAUACAGGGCCCACCGCUCACUGAAGCGGAGAGGAAGUUUCUUGUUGAGCUUUGUCAGAGGAACAAAACCAAAAGGCAAAUCAACCUCGGGAGAGACGGUUUGACUCACAAUAUGCUCAAUGAUAUCUAUAACCACUGGAAACACGCUGAAGCUGUUCGUGUCAAAUGUCUCGGUGUCCCAACUCUCGACAUGAAGAACGUUAUCUUCCACCUUGAGGAUAAAACGUAUGGACAGGUGGUUUCUAAGCACUGUGGUACGCUUGUCUUAUAUAGAGGGCGUAACUACGAUCCUAAGAAAAGGCCCAAGAUUCCUUUGAUGUUGUGGAAACCUCAUGAACCCGUCUACCCUAGGCUUAUUAAAACUACCAUCGAUGGUCUAAGCAUCGAGGAGACCAAAGCUAUGAGAAAGAAAGGCCUUGCCGUUCCUCCCCUCACUAAACUCGCUAAGAAUGGGUAUUACGGUAGUCUUGUUCCAAUGGUGAGAGACGCGUUCCUCGUUAGUGACUUAGUACGAAUUGAUUGCUUGGGACUAGAGAAAAAGGAUUUCAAGAAAAUUGGCGCUAAGCUUAGGGAUUUGGUGCCUUGUAUCCUGGUGACAUUUGACAAGGAGCAGGUCGUUAUUUGGAGAGGUAAAGACUAUAAGCCAGCCGAGGACGAAGCUGAAUAUCCUCCAUCCUUUAUUCAUCACCAAGGACUCUAAUGCUGAGGCUCACAAGAUUCCAGCAAGAGGCAUCUAAGUAAUCUUCUUCACACCUACGCUUUGUAUAGUAUCGAUUGUUUGUGUUUUUUUUUUUUUUUUGGAUAAAUAAAAACUACAAAUCAAAACAUCUUUUAGUUUCUCAUUAAAUAUUUAAUAGGAAAGAGAUGAUGAUAUAUUAAAAACAAAAUCUCAA